AUGCGGACCUAUCAACUCGUCCACCGUUUGGUCCUACCUUCAGACCUAGAAACUGCUCCAGGAGUCUUACAAGCGUUUCCCUGGACCUGUGAAUCCAUAUCAAACCUCUUUGAUGGAAAGCAUCGUGCACAGAAAGAAAGCUGGGAUACAGUCAUUGCAGAAUACGGAGGUGCAGUCGCGGUAGGACGCGACAAACGCGCCAAUAUCGUGUUUCCAGACGAGCCUUCAAAAACUCCUAAAGCAUUUAUUUCUCCAAUUAAUUCAGAGAUCAUCGAGAAAACCCAAGUUGCUUGGGCACUGAGAACUAACCAUCCGCUCGACCCUCUUCUGGUCGUUACUCAUAAUCGGUGCAUAUUCGUCUGGGAUGUCGGCCGCCAAUCGCUUAUUGGCUUUCUUCGCGGCCACGGAGGCCUCAUCACGUCUAUUGCUGUCCAUCCCUGCUCUCCCAAUAUUUUUGCUACCACCUCGGCUGACUUCACAACGAGAGUAUAUAAUUUAGAUAUCCUUCCUCAAAGCCCUUACCCGCCGCACCCCCGUUGGAGGCCUUGGCCAGGUCCCUCCGCGGCAAGUGCCGCCCAGGGUUUUGACACACUCGCCGACCAAGGCUCAGGAAUCGGACGCCGUAUUGUUCUGCUCGCCGGGGGCAUCUAUGGAGGCCAUCUCUGGGACGUUCUUGGCGCAGCCUUUCACCCCCGACUACCUCUGAUCGCGACUUGCGGUGCAGAUCGAUAUGUGAAGUUUUGGCGCUGCGUUCCGGGGCAAUCCAUGAUUCGUGAAGACAAGCCGAUUUUCAGCGCGAAGCUGUCUGCGGCUCGCAUAUUUUCCAUUGCUUGGCUAUCUGACGAUUUGCUCAUGAUCCAUUGUGGAAUGGCUUAUGCACCGAGUCCCGACAAUCCCAACUCUCGCGCGUCGCAAGAUCCCAACUCAGAAGAAGAAUCGCCGUUGCACUAUGAAAAGACUGUACCUGCUCGAAUUGUUGUCUUUCGCUGGCUAGGUCUACAGCGCUUUUUCCCAGACGGCUGGACGAACGACGCGAUUCAACACGUUCGCGGAAUCUCGACGGACUCACAACAGAGCAAUUCGUAUACUAUAAUAUCGAGUCUCGUUUUGAACCCACCGAACCCACCUCGGCAUGGCGAGCAGCAAGAAUGGAUCUCCAACCUCGGCCAACAAAAUCACCCCCGACUAAUCUUUGCAUAUCCAGACCCUGCGCUUAGGACUGUCGAAUUGACUGAGAUGGUCACAUUACAGGUCCCCGAAGAGUUAGAAGGAGUGACGCGUGAUAUUAAACGCCUACGACUCGAAUCUGCUGCGUCAGCCACAUCUGCUUCCGACCAAGGAUUAGUUCACAUAUCUAUUCUUGGGGCUGAGAAACUGUGGAAAAACCGAGUACUCUCAGCUGCUGCAGUCACCAAUGCAGGAGACAUCUUAGUGUUAGAUAGUCGGGGCAACUUAUGGGGGAUGAGGAGGGUGCAUGACAAGUAA